CGGGAGGGGCCCCCGAAGGCUGUAAAAGCCGCGCAGGAUAGAGCUCCGACAAUGAAUCAGCGGCUAUGGAGCGUCCUCACUUCUCGCUGGCGAUGGGCCUCGGCCUGCUUGCAUUCUGCCUCCUGACCCUGUCCCCGGACGCCCGCGCCGAGCUGCGGAGCCGCAGGACCGGAGAGCGCCAGAACCUGUCACUCACCGACCCGCGGGUGCAAAAGGCCGCACAGGCAGCUGUGGCCAGCUACAAUAUGGGCAGCGACAGCCUCUAUUACUUCCGAGACACCAAAGUCAUCGAUGCAAAAUAUCAGCUGGUGGCUGGCGUCAAGUACUACCUGACUGUGGACAUGGAAAGCACAGAGUGCAGAAAGACCAGAGUCUCUGGAGAGCACAUGGACCUCACCACCUGCCCCCUGGCGGCAGGGGGCCAGCAGGAGAAGCUGCGCUGCAACUUUGAGCUCCUUGAAGUCCCCUGGACAAACACCACUAAGCUUCUAAAGCAUGACUGCGUGCAGGUGUGACCGGCCCCCGGGUGACAGAGUCAGGACCCCACGGGGACAAUCAUGGUGGAUGCACCUCAGGGCCACGAGCCAUGUGUGUUGCAAUAAAUCUCCAACUCUG